AUGAAGGCGCUGAAACAAAUCUUCUGCAUGUCCGUUAUAUCUGUUUUGGGCCAAGUGCACUGCGCAGUAGUAACUCCACAAUGCCCGAGCAGUGGAUACGAGAUAUCCAUACUGGGUUGGAUGUUACAAGGACACAUUUACAAAACGAUGGAGGCAAACUUCCCGCUAGGCUGCUUAUUCGCUUGUAGAGAAGACGAUCGAUGCCAAAGUUUCAAUUGGGUGAUCUCUCGUCACUUGUGCGAGUUUAAUAACAGAACAAAGGAAGCCAGACCUAAGGAUUUCGUUUCAAACCCAGACAGAUUUUACUUUAGACGAUACAAAAACAGAGGUAAAAAGGUGUUUUAGACAAUACUACCUAAGAAACGGUGAAGACCUUACUGAAACAUUUGAAAACAAUCAAAGAUCUGUUCAGGUGUUGUGGCUGUUGUAAAUUCACUUCAAGUACUACGUUUCAGUAUUUAGGCCACGAGGACUUAAAGAUUGAUAAAGAUUUCAGCGUCAUUGCAACAAAUCAAAUUCCCCACUUUAGAAAUGAGGUGGAAACUGGGCCUUUAACUUUCGCAAGGAAGUAUGGGACUGCUCUGGAGACAGGGAUCCCAGAAGUCUUUGCGAAAGGUAACUCGGGCCAGUUUCCUACCGUUUCUAAAUAGGCGAAUGCAAAACAGAGUUCAAUAGAGAGGACAGGUCAUUACGUUACGUUGCCAUGGUAGCAACAUUUCUGGAUUACAACAAACCAAAAUGUCACUUAUAAAGUAGAUUAGCACUGUUUCAAACUUCAUCGAUCUUAUUUAAUUUCACUUAAUUUGUCAAAUGUUGGCGACAUUUUUAGGGUUGAAUCCGAAAGGACCGUAUCUAGUAAGUUUAGAAAAAGGAAAAAAACAUUGUGUUGUGCUCACCUACUCCAUAAAGCAGGCGAGUGAAAUUAGGAAGUUUCGUGUCGCAGUCGUGGAACAACGGUCAAGAAAUGUACAAAAAAGCGUGAUGCACCUGCAAAGUCGUUUUUUAUUGCGACUCUUCCCAAACCGAAUUUACGAAAAUGAUCGAGAGCUCCACAUGGUGGCGCACUGGUUUGCUGAAGAGAUGACCCAAGCAAGAAUCUCAAAAUAACUAAUUAAUAUUUCUCCAGGAAAGAUGGGGACAAAAAAUCCACCACAAAUUAGCAAACACUUACGACAAAUUAAAGAAGAUAAAAUCAUAAGAAUAUGUAGACAGUGGCAGGUCGGAGUCCGGGGAGGUGGUGGGAAAAAUUUUCAACUAAUGGCAAUAGCUGGAAGGGCCGCGCUAAACAUAUAACAAGUCUUUUAUACAGAACUAAACACGUUCGAUCUCCUGAUUGGCCAGGGAACCACCGCCUGCACACUGCUGAUAAGAAACGGGAAAUGCCUCGAACUGAAAUCACAGUAUGAUUCCAUCUUCUCAUCAUAAUGAUUGUUUUUGCUGAUAUAAACCUAUUGCUUUUUUGCUGUUCUCCGUCGCCGUUGCAAAAACUCCCUCUUGUUGCCAUCUAAAAAUUUUGCUACCACUGUAACAUGACGUCACACUUCUCCUCUCUAAAUCUGUUCUGUCUCUCCAGUCCCUCUCGGUUCAAUUCCUGAACUCCCGGCUGAAUCUUGCAAGGAAGUAAUGGCAAGCGAAGAACAAGCGGUCAGCGGCAAGUACUGGUUAUACACCAUAAAAGAGAACAUUCCUGUUCUAGCUCACUGCAAUAUGGAAACUUUCGGUAAGUUCUAAACUACACUGAAAAUACCCCUAGAAACACACUGCAGGCUUCUUAUUCCUAACCGUGGACAUUUAAUAGGCAGACUAACCUUUGCCUCUUGUCGAUUGGAAAAGCUUAGGCACCAUAAAUAUGGCGCACUAUUGUGGCUGCGUUUUGAACGUUUUCGGCCUUCCAUAUUAGGGAGUUUAAGCAGCCACGUUUUUUAGCGACGUACGUCAACCGGAAGUGGACUUUUUCCGCUCUUGAGCCAUGACUUUUUGAACAAAUAUUUGGGCAGAUCGUCCCUAUAAGAGUAAAGACACUUAGCAAUACAAAUUUGCUUGCGUCAAGGCAUAUUGCGUUGCAAUGUUGGAACAGUGUUGUAACUAUUCGAAACAAUGUCGAACAAUGUUGCAACGCUCUGUUGCGCUAAAAAUCGGCGUUGCGAAUCGUCCCGCGUAACAUCACCUUUAGAUUUAUACACCAUUCGAGACAUUUUGAAAGAUUACGUAAGUAUGGGUCACUUGGGGUGUGUUGAAUUGCAUUAUGUGACUGCUUUGAGAACGAUUUGGACCCAGUUUCAUGUACUAUCCCAUUAAAGCCAAUAAAAGAAGAGCUGGAGUCCCAAAACUAACCCAGUCUUACACGAAAUAGGUGUAGCCUGCGUGGCAGGGGUUAAAAGAGAAAGGGAAAGAGGGAAUGUGGGCGCCCCCUCGUCGCGCGCCUCUUGCGCCCUCGCGCGCCCAAAAGUCUCCUUUCCCUUCCUCUUUUAACAACUGCCACGCACGCUAUACACGCAACGUCGAAAUGGCCACUAUCAUAAAGGACCACAGCUUACUCAAUCAGAGAGACCAUUUUGCAGUGUGAGACGGUAUAAUGCUUUCAUUUAAGACAAAAACUCCCUUUGUUUAAAAGUGAUAAACCGAAUGACGUUCCUUUUCUUACUAAACUAAACUUACUGUUUAAUACGCACACCAAAGGGAGGUUAUAUUCUAGAGCGUUUUUUUAACUACGCCCUCAAACUGGAAGUGAAGUCUUGCCGCUACACUGCAGAUUUCUUUGGGUGAGUGUCUUUACCCUUAUAAAAUGAGACGAUUAAACCCCUGCCCAAGAAUGCAUAAAGUUCCAAUUCCAAUUGACAUGCAUCGCCUUAAAACGACUUUGCUUUAGCUCCCUAAUGACACACUAACAUGACUGACAUGCAAGUCGACAGUUCUAAAGUCCCAAAUACCUGGACAGAAAAUAGUACCUGCAAUUGGACUUAAUCGAUAGAGUUAUAAGUUGGUCUUUUUGCAACCGGAACUUGAGAAUAUAUUCACUUCAGGAGGCUAAAGCUGUAGAAAUUCGUCAUCAAGGCUUAUAAGUUCAGCGAUUAUGUCAAAGUCGAAACUGGACUAUGAAUUAUUUCCGACGGUCCUGUAAUCAGUUCAUGAGAAGCGGAAAGCGAGCUCGGCCCAUUUAAUUUACGUCCCAUUCUUUCUCGGGUCGCUUGCGGGUGACCUUCGACUGGCGAGCCAAAGAGGGACUGCUCGGAAGAGUACGUAGUCCAGGAUACGUUCAUUCAAGAGACUUUUUAACAACAAACGUCAACUUUUAUUACGUUAAACACUGUUGUUUGUCUUAUUUUUGAUAGAAAAGAUGACAAACAAAGUAAGCUAAAGUAUUUGCUCAUAAAAAGUUUCAGAUUGCCCCAACUACCAAAAUUUGACCAACGGUAACAGGAAAGUGUCCCACGGAUCAUCUUCACCUCUUUGUGAUAAUUUACUGAAUGGAUGGUAUCGUUUCCAAGGUAAAGCGGGGACAAAAAUGCCUUCGUCGUGCGUUGCUCCUUCCAAGUGUAGUGCCCAUGCCACUGGCUGGCUUAACGGUACUCAUCCGUCAGUAGAAGAAGGCAAAGUCACCAAAAAGGUCUGCUUCAGCUGGGGCUCAAACUGCUGCAGUUGGUCCAUCAAUAUUGAAGUACUCAACUGCGGAGAUUUCUUCCUGUAUCACUUCAAAGGAACGCCCCCGGAACAUCCAUGUAGUCUUCGUUAUUGUGGUACUGACUGA